AUGGAAAGUUUAGAAAUAUCGAAAUCUCCCCAGGGAAAGCCCGUCGUGAUCGGCAUAUACGGGCUGCCUGGAUCUGGGAAGAGCUUUCUGCUAAAACAACUGAAAGAGAAAGCCGAUCUGUCAGAGCGCUUUACUUUCUAUGAAGGUUCGAAAAUGAUUGACUCUGUUGUUUCCGGUGGAUUGGAGGCAUUUCAAAAGCUGGAGGACCUCGAGAAGACUCAAGCUCGUCGACGUGCUAUCGAGGCCAUUCGACGAGAAUGCAUCAAAAAUGGAAGGGCAGCCAUAGUCACGGGACACUUUAGUUUCUGGAACGAAGGGGAUACUGCUGGAGAAACGAUAUGCACCGAGUCAGACCUCAGGACGUACACUCAUAUCAUCUAUUUGGACGUGCCUGCCCCGGAGAUUUUCUCGCGUCGCCUCAACGACAGUGAGCGAAAGAGGCCAAAUAUGUCCAUACCGCACUUGAUGGGUUGGCAAGAUGCAGAGAAGUCCCAACUACGACAUCUAUUCACACUGAGCCCUACAACCUAUCUCAAGCAGAGAAAAGGUUAG